CACCAUUUGGUAAAGCGAAAUUCGCGCUCGAACUUGCACGUAAGUGUAAGAAUACACUUAAAAAGCGUCGAAAACUCUCCUCUGAAACGGUAAGAGCCAUGUACAGUUUGCGCACACCAUGAAAUAGUAAAACCGCGUCUAACUGUCAAUUUAUAUCUUCCUCCGCGCUCCCACCUCCAUCUUCCUCAACUUUUCUCAUUCUUCCUUCAUUCGCAAUGGCUCGAUUCAAAUUCAUCGGCAUUCUGAAAGACAGAGCCUCAAUCCUCAAAGCGACUCUGACCAUCAACCGUCGAGUCUCCUCCGUACACCUCGCUGUCCUCCGCGCCACCACACACGACCCGUCAAGGCCGCCUUCGGAGACACGAAUCGCCUCCGUGCUCGCCCUAGGGCUUUCCUCCCGCCUCACUGCAUGCGCAUGCAUUGAUGCUCUCAUGGACCGGCUCCACGUCACUCGGAGCGCUUUUGUUGCCCUAAAAUGCCUCCUCACGAUUCACAACAUUAUAUCAAAGGGGUCUUUUAUUCUCAAAGACCAGCUUGCGUACUACCCUUGUUUUGGGGGAUACAAUUUCUUGAACCUCUCCAUGUUUUGUGACAAUUCCGAUUUUUGUAUGUUGGAAUAUUCGUCUUGGGUCAGAUGGUUCGCCGGUGUGGUCGAGCAGAAUCUGAUGGUGUCUAGAGCAAUUGGAUAUUAUCUCAAUUCGUCGAAAAACGAAGGUAACAAAAGAGACAAGGAAGAGAAGGCACUUGCUCUUUUGGACUCAGAUUUGGCAAUGGAGAUUGAAGUGCUUGUGGAAUUUGUGGUGCGAAUUUGUGACGCCCCUGAUUCAUUAGAACUUCAGAAGAACAAUUUGGUGUACGAAGUGGUGAGAGCCACUGGCGAAGAUUACAGGUCGGUUCAACGUGAAAUUGUUGUCCGAGUCAAGGAAGUUGGAGACAGAAUCGACUCAGUCGACGGUUUGCGUUCGGCUGAGUUGACUCGGUUAAUUGACGCGUUCGAGAGGCUGGAGGGUUGCAAGGGGAAGUUAAUGCUGUUGUUUGUGAACAGGAAGAGGAAUGAUGGGUUAUGGGAUUUGGUGAGAGAGACCAAGGCUAGGCUUGUGGAGAUGAAGGAGCAGCGAGAGGAGAGGCUGGUGGUUUUUCCAGGGAAGGACGAGUUGGCCGAGUCGACUCAAUGUUGGAACCCAUUUCUUGAACCUGGACAGUUGUUGCUGUUACCAUCUGGUGGUGGGUGGUUGGGCUUCGGACCGACACCAAUAGCCGUUUGAACAGUUGAUCAUCGUGUCGGGUUGGGUUUUUGUAUAGUGGGACGCCCCUAAUUUUAUACAUAACAAUGCGCAUGAGCGAUCAAAGCAAGGGAUGUGAUACCCACACAUUUCAUUUUACUUUUCAUACAAUUUUUUAAUUUUUGACCGUUGGAUCGGAUGAAUUGAAGAAUAUCAACGGACAAAAAUUAUCAAGGGUGUGUGAGAAGUAAAAUAGGAUGUGUGGAUAGUACAUCCCUUAAAACAAUUGAUACAUUGUAGUAUUCACGUGCAUCAACAACUUAUAAUCUCUCAUACCAUCAUGCAUCAUCAACUACAAGCACUCUAGCUGUAAAUGUUUCUAGAUAAAUUAACAAAAGAUUUAUGUUUUGUAAUAAAAAAAAAGUGAUUUAUAUUUUUUC